UCCCCAAUGCUACACAUUCCUUUGUCUCAUGCCCUUCUGCACACUUCUCACACCUACAAACCUUCCUCCUACACACUGCUGACACAUGGCCAUAAGCUUGAGACCUGUAAGAAAGUAAUGUAUUCGGCACAAAAGGUCGUACAGGAUAAUAUAAUAUCCUGUCACUUUGUCGGGCAAAGACAUCAAAACUCAAAAGAACAGACAAUGACUUCUGUUUCACCACUCCUGCCACCCUGUCUGCGUCACACCAAACGACAACCAUCACAAACACUGGGAAUCUUCCCCUUCUGUUGGUCAACUUGUACAGUUACUGCUACCCCAGUAAUCAUAACUUUCAAUGGCGCCCAUUUCCUGAGAGCAAAUCACAUUUCUUGCCUCUAUUUGUUUAACGAAGAGAGCCUUCUCCCUCUGACCAGCAGAAACACAAACAAUUAUCACAAGACCAGUUCUGGUUACCCUGACUGAUUCCACAGCACAAAACUCUGUUUUCAACCACCCUGAAACCACAAAUGGAUCAGCCAAAAGGCAAGGGUCCACUUGUAACAAAAACGUCACUCCUAGUCCCAACUCAUCUUUAUUCUGACCCUCAGUGCAAGCCUCAGCCCCGAGAACUUCACCACACCUACCACCUCCGAUGCUUCGACCUCAUUAACUUUCCUUUCUCCUCCUGUCUUCAGCUCACUCUGCUUACACUUUCUAACAUUCUUAUUUAACAAACCAUCUCCCUUUUUUCCGCCAUUUGUAGCCGACUCAAGUUCACCCUCUUCCUUCCUCUCUCUUAGACCUCCUCUGCCCUCCAUUCCCCCUUCGUAUUCAAAGUAUACAUCUCCUUAUGCUAAUACUGCACUUCUCCUGACAUACAUUUUGUUAUUGCAUUAUAAGCAAAUGCUUUACACAUUCAUAUUCCUUUAUCUAGCACUGGGAACAUGUGACAGCGGAAUGGUGACGUAAAUAUUCAGCGACGCUCUACGGUUUGUGUACAAUUUCAAGCUUGACGGGAGGGUUACGUUUAGGACAACUGCAUCAAAUGUGUCUUUGUUUUGUUUUCUAAUCGUGAGAAUUCCCUCGAUCCUCUAUUUACUCAAGUCUAUCUGCACAUCUCUGUUGAUGGGUACUGUCAUAUAGUUGUUUUUGCACUAAUAUAAAGGAAUUUAAAUGAUCGUUUUCAGAGAGAGUACAUGUCUGUCUUGGCCAGCUUUUACAGUUGAAUAACGUCUGCUCCAGGACUUUAGCUGUAAGCUACCUGGUAUGAAUUAAUAAUAUAUUAUGCAAACUAAUGCACAUUACAGUGAAUGUUGAUCUCAGUAUGUCCCUGCACAAGAUGCUCUCCUAGCGCCCCUAUUUAUUUAUGUGCCACUUAGUUGUAGCCUGUGAACAUAUGCCUUAUGCUGCCCCCACUGAAAGAUUAGUUAGUUGUCAGGCAGAUAUUGCUCGUCCCCAACAAUGCUGUGGUACGGCCAGCCAUCUGUCGCUGUGUGAAUGGAACUGUCAGUUGGUCCGUCUGUAAACCAGGCCUGACUCAUGACUGAGUACUACGAGGAGGGGGGCCUGCUGUACGAGCACUCGCCUCCCAUGCACAUAAAAGUGGAGUCUCCGGAGGGACCCUUCGGAGGGGGCGUCUCAGAGGACGGCUUUCCCAGGGAGGAUGAGGACUCGGAAGGCAGCUGCGACCAAAGCAGUGGGCUGCCUGGUGGACUACCCUUCAACGUGGUGGUGGUGCAUCCGAACAUCAUGACCCCUGGCAUGUCCUCAGAUGACCUCCUGUCCAUGGAUCAGCACAGAGGUAUUUCCUCUGUGUUGGCAGCAGGGGGUGCAGGCAAGAGGAAGAGUCGUUUUAGCGGUGCAGAGCUGGAGGUGCUGGUUUCUGAGGUGACGCGGUGUGAGGGAGAGCUUUUUGGUCCUGCUGGGAGGCUCCGGCGCAGGGAGAGAGAGAGGAUCUGGGCAGGAAUCCUGGAUCGGGUCAACGCUGUGUCCAGAGUCCCUCGCACCCUCCGCGAGGUCAAGAAGCGCUGGGACGACCUGAAGAGGCGCAAUGGAGGCAGGCUGGCAGACGCUAGGCACCGAACUUGUUACCUGCCAUCUAAUAGAGGGGCUUCCAUACUGGGACGGUCAACUCAGGCAAGCCCCAGGCUUCACCAGGCCAGACAGAAGCAAAGCACCAGAGGCAAGGCCAGUUUCACGUGCUUCACUGAUACAGAACCAGUGGGUGUAGGUGAAGGGUCGGAGAGGGAUGGCUUUGAGAAGGAUGAGGAUAGUGGUGAGCGGGAAGUGGAGGUGGGAGAGGCGGAAUGCGAGGGGGCAGAGAGCAGUAUGGAGGAAAAGCUGGGUUUAGGACUGGGAAUAGGGCCUCCCCCUAACUCGGAACGCUGGCUGCCUCCCUCUCCCCUCUACAGCGCCCCUUUCCUCAAUGGGACCCCUCAGCCUAGUCCCCAGCCCUCACUAGGGGCCCAGCAGGGACCCCUGGAGGCCCCUCCUCGUGGCUCAUGGCUGGAGGACGAGCUCCGUGGCAUGGGGGAGGCAGCUCUGCAGCUGGGGGAUCGGGUGGAGCAGAGUCUUCGGGAGUUUGGGGAGGGAUUCAGACGUGAUAUGAGAACAUUAGUGGUCUCUCAAGAGGCACUGGCAACCAGCCUACAGCAAAACAAUGUUCUCCUGCAAAGGCUGCUGGGAGUCCUAGAGGUACAGCAGCAGCAGCAACAACAACAACCACCACCACAGCAGCAGCCACAUCAUUCCCAAAAACAAGAGCCACAACAGUCAACGCAACAACCACAACAGUUACAGCAGCAGAAACCACAGCCUCAACAACCGAUUCAGCAGCAGCAACAACAACAACAGAUACAACCACAACAGCAACAACUGCUACUACAGCAGCCCCAGCUGGUGCAGCAGCAACAACAGAUACAACCGCUACCACAGCAACCGCAACACCCCCAGAGUCCAAGUAAUCAACCAACUUUAGCAGUUGCCCCUGUACCACCACCCCCAGAUAUUCUUGAUGGUACCACCCGUCCAAAUCCACCCGCAGUCAUUAAUGGAAUUGUCCAACGGCCAAGGCGGGGGAGAAUUGUUGAUCAUAGACGAAGAAGAAGGCGUUAGAUAAAGAGAUGUAAAUAAGCUUUGAUGUACUUUAUUUAUUUUCACUUAUACAAUCUGAUUUGAAAUAAUUGUGUCCCUCUAAUUUCAACCAAUGCUGAAAAAGUUGUUUUAUGAGUACAUUUGUUGUGUAAAGUAUUCAGACCCCUUGACUUUUUCCACAUUGUGUUACGUUACAGCCUUAUUCUAAAAUUGAUUAAAUUAAUGUUUUUCCUCAUCAAUACUCCAUAAUGACAAAGUGAAAACCGGUUUUAAUAAAUGUUUACAAUAAUUUACAUAAGUAUUAAGACCCUUUGCUAUGAGACUUGAAAUUGAGAUCAGGUGCAUCCUUUUUCCAUUGAUCAUCCUUGAGAUGUCCACUGUGGUAAAUUAAGGUCCCAGAGUUGACAGUGCAUGUCAGAGCAAAAACCAAGCCAUGAGGUCGAAGGAAUUGUCUGUAGAGCUCCGAGACAGGAUUGUGUCAAGGCACAGAUCUGUGGAAGGGUACUACAAAAUGUCUACAGCAUUGAAUGUCCCAAAGAACACACCGGCCUCUAUCAUUUUUAAAUGGAAGAAGUGGAACAACCAAAAUCUUCCUAGGGCUGGCCUCCAGGCCAAACUGAGCAAUUGGAGAAGGGCCUUGGUCAGGGGGGUGACCAAGAACCCGAUGGUCACUCUGAUAGAGUUCCUCUGUGGAGAUGGGAGAACCUUCCAGAAGGACAACCAUCUCUGCAGCACUCCACCAAUCAGGCUUUAUUGGUAGAGUGGCCAGACGGAAGCCACUCCUCAGUUAAAGGCACGUGACAGCCUGCUUGGAGUUUGCGAAAAGGCACCUAAAGACUCUCAGACCAUGAGAAACAAGAUUCUCUGAUCUGAUGAAACCAAGGUUGAACUCAUUGGCCUGAAUGCCAAGCGUCACGUCUUGAGGAAAUCUGGCACCAUCCCUACUGUGACGCAUGGUGGUGGCAGCAUCAUGCUGUGGGGAUGUUUUUCAGCGGAAGGGACAGGGAGCCUAGUCAGAUUGAAAUAUGAACAGAGCAAAGUACAGAGAGAUCCUUGAUGAAAACCUGCUCCAGAGCACUCAGGACCUCAGAUUAGUGCGAAGGUUCACCUUUCAAAAGGACAAUAACCCUAAGCACUCAGCCAAAACAAUGCAGUAGUUGCUUCGGUACAAGUCUGUGAAUAUCCUUGAGUGGCCCAGCCAGAGCCCGGACUUGAACCUGAUCGAACAUCUCUGGAGAGACCGGAAAAUAGCUGCAGUAACGCUACCCAAAUACAAGUGUGCCAAGCUUGUAGCAUCAUACCCAAGAAGACUCAAGGCUAUAAUCGCUGCCAAAGGUGUUUCAACAAAGUAAGUAGAGUGUGCUCUGUACUGAGUAAAGAGUCUAAAUACUUAGGGAAGUGUAUUUAUUUUUACAUUUGCAAACAUUUCUAAAAACCUUGCUUUGUCAUUAUGGGGUAGCGUGUGUAGAUUGAUGGAAGAAAAAAAAACAAUUGAAUACAUUUUAGAAUAAGGCUUUAACAUAACAAAAUGUGCAAAAAGUUAAGGGGUCUGAAUACUUUCCGAAUGUACUGUAUAUAUUAUUUAAACUAAACACAGUAGGCUAAUUGAAGGUUCAGCCCUGAUCCAUAUAUAUUAGCAUAAUGUAUUGGUUGGAAGUUGCUGCAAUAGAACCAAGAAAUGUCAGAGAUUUCUGUUUUGUCCAAAUCUUGUAGAUAGACAAUCAGCAUUACGUUAACAGAAAGCACAUUGGAGUCUGCAGCAAUCUAUCAUUAGAGCAUAUUAGUAAAUGACCAUUGAAAUGUAAUAUACCAAUGCAUAUGCACAUGUUCUGAUUGCUCAUCCAGUUUUAUGAUGCAUAUUAAACAUGCAUUGUGUGACAGGCUGGACAUACACAUGCAAAUCUUAGAAAAAAUAAGUAUUAUACAAUGUGUAUUUAACAUGUAAUGAUAAAUCAUUAUAAUUGGACUAUAAUGUUUAAGAUAUGGAAAUGUUUCCCUGCAUAGCUCUUAAAUGAAAAUCUGCAUCAGUAUGUAUUUUGCUUCAGAUUUCCUUUCUGUUUUUCGUGAUAUUAUCAAUUUAUUAAGCAUUAUCUACAAGUAUGAUGUAUGUGUUAUCUUGCAUGCAGUGUCUGAUGUGUAGACAAAAUGAAGCAUUUGUGUACCAUUUUGCACAAUUUAUAUACCUAAAUAUAGUUGAAGGGUCUGACUCUGUUCUGAGACAUGUAUUGACUAAAGAUGAAUAAAGGCAACCCUGAACUAUGUCUCGCCA